AUGUUAUCGAGGGCCAUAUUCAGAAACCCUGUCAUAAAUAGAACACUACUAAGGGCCAGACCCGGUGUCUACUCUGCAACCAGAUUGACUAGAAGUUCAUUGAUUCAAAGUAGGAAGUACUCUGAUGCACAUGAUGAAGAAACCUUCGAGGAAUUCACCGCAAGAUACGAAAAGGAAUUUGACGAGGCAUACGAUUUGUUCGAAGUACAAAGAGUGUUAAAUAAUUGUUUCUCUUAUGAUUUGGUUCCUGCUCCUGCAGUUAUCGAAAAGGCCUUGAGGGCCGCCAGAAGAGUCAAUGACUUGCCUACCGCUAUUAGAGUAUUUGAAGCUUUAAAAUACAAGGUCGAAAAUGAAGACCAAUACAAGGCCUACUUGAAUGAGUUGAAGGAUGUCAGACAAGAAUUGGGCGUUCCCUUAAAGGAAGAGCUAUUUCCAAGCUCUUCCUAA